GAAUCGGACGUGCCUGAACGGGUUCAGAUACCAUGCCUGGAAUCUUUGGAGGGGAGAGAAUGGACGGCCCAGAUUCGUUUGCUAGCGGCGGGGAUCGAGGCCAGCGGGCCUUUAAAUAUGGAACCAGUCCAUCAAUCUGAGUUUCCGGCCUCAACUGUCUAUUUCUCUCAGCAGUUCCUCAUUCCUCUCUCCAUCUCUCUGUAAAGGGCGUUAUCGUCUUUCCGGGGUUGGUUUGCUUUGCGAGCGACGGGCUCUGCUCGUGAUCCAGGUUUCCAAUUGGAUUUCUACCAGCGCCUUCAUAGAGUUCUUGCCUUUUUCGUGUUUCCUGUUCUGUUCUGAUUUUUGGCGUAAUUUCGUUUACUCCUGCUCGAUCUAGGGUUUCAUUUCGAGGGGUUUAUCUCAUGAUCUUGGAUUGUAAUCUGCCCUUCAUAUAUUUCGAUUUUCUCUCCUUCUCGAAUUUUCUUCUCCUUGUCAUUUUGGGUUCUUCCGAAGGCGGAAGUAUCUCUUAAGGAGUGAGGCUGAUGUUUGUGACGGCAGGAGGUGAUGGGCUGAGGAAGCAAUUUUGUUUUCAUGGAAUAUAUGGUUAUGUGGUCGAAGCUUCUGAGUUUGCCGGGAUUUCAAUUGCUUGGACUGAGCCACUGGAUUUUUGUGGUUUGGGUUGUUUAGUCAUUGUCUAUUGUUUAAGUGACUUCUGGGAAGUUGUCUGAACCUAUUCUCUGUCAACCUGUUCAUGUUUGAAUUCAUCCAGGGAGGAAAUAGUGAAUUUGUUUCACGAGCUUUGGGAUUCCUUCAAAUGGCAACCCAUUCGUGCACUGGUCGACCACAGGACACCGUUGUUCUGAUGAAGUAUUAAUCUUCUUAGAUUAUGUAUCAAUGUUAAAAGACCAAACUUAAAAUUAAUUCGUUGCUUGCUACAAACAAAUAACAGCGCGCAUAUUUCUUUAAAUCCGGACUUCUACAUUGGGCGGAGCUUCAAUUUUGAUAAUAUGGAUUGGAAUAUCAUAGUUCGGGUACAAAAUUUAUGGUUGCAGUUGACAUGUGCAGUUGCUGGGAAUUAAUCCUAUGGCACCGACUGUUCCUAUUGAGUUUGCUGGACAGAAGGAAUCGAGAAAGUACUCACUUUCACAGGUAAUGGGGAAAUCGAGGAAAUAUUCCAAAGCUCUUUCUUUUGGUUUUGUUCCAGAUUACCGAGAUGCUGUGGUAAUGGUUCGCGAAUCAGAAGGGUUAGGGAGCUCUGGACGAAUGGAUACUGGAAUCUCAUCUCUAGAUGAUCCACGGGCCUUCAAGAGGAAGCGUGUUAGUAUGAAUGCAAAUGGUUAUGAUUGUUUUGUUGCUCCUCUUCAAGUUUUUUCUAUAUCAACAUUGUCUCGAUCUGAAAGGAAAGGUUUAGAGAUAAGGUUAAAGUUAGAACUUGAGCAGGUCCGAGUUCUGCAAAAGAAAGCUUCUGACGUUAGUUCGAGUUUGGCUGUUUCAUCGUUGAGUAAUAUUCAGAGUUAUAGUGAUCAGCACAGGGGAGCUCCUCCAGAGACUUCUAAUAGGUUGUCCGUGGUAUCGGUUCCUCCUGCUAAAAAGCUAGUGCCCUCUGGGCGCAAUGGCCCUUCAGCUGUAAGAAGCUCAUCUGGGCGGUUUGAGUCUGUUAAACCAGCUGCUGUAUCUGCUUCCUCGACAGCAUUGUUAUUGAAACAAUGUGAACAGCUGCUGCCUCGCUUGAUGUCGCAUCCAUUUGGUUGGGUUUUUAACACCCCAGUUGAUGUGGUCAAGUUGAAUAUUCCAGAUUAUUUCACUGUUAUAAAGCAUCCAAUGGAUCUGGGCACUGUGAAGUCUAAGAUUACUGCAGGAGAAUACGCACAUCCAUUGGAUUUUGCUGCAGAUGUUCGACUUACUUUUUCAAAUGCGAUGACUUACAACCCUCCCGGGAAUGACGUCCAUAUCAUGGCUAAGACCCUAAGUAAAUAUUUUGAAGUUAGAUGGAAAACUAUAGAGAAGAAGCUCCCUGUAACAACUGAAGAACAACGUCAAGUAUCUUCAGCCACGAUUGUUUAUAAGGAAGCUGAAAGUACUCUGCCCGUGUCACGUUCAAAAAAGACAAAAAUCCCUACUAAUAGCCCUGAUAUUCAGCCAAACAGUGUGUCAAAAAUCAUGACUGACCAGGAGAAGCAUAAACUGAGUGUGGAGUUGGAGGCGUUGCUGGGAGAAUUGCCUGAAAGCAUCAUUGAUUUCCUAAAGGAGCACAGUUCUAAUCCUCUAGCGGGCGAGGAGGAGAUUGAAAUUGAUAUUGAUACUCUUACUGAUGAUACCUUGUUUGCUUUGAAGAAGAAAUUGGACGACUAUAUAAUGGAAAAGCAGAAACGCACAACGGAUGAACCUUGUGUAGUGGAGCUUCACAACGAAUCAGGAUUGAGCAAUUCAUCAAUGCCACCCUGUAGAGGAAAUGGUCGGAUUGAUGACGAUGUAGACAUUGUUGGUGGAAAUGACCCACCUGUUUCAAGCUAUCCUCCAAUAGAAAUAGAGAAAGAUGCAGUCCAUAGAGAUAGUAAAUGCAAUCAUUCCAGUAGCUCGAGUAGUGAAUCAGGUUCUACAUCAAGUGAUUCUGGCUCAGAUAGUUUAUCGGCGAGUGAAUCUAAUGCUGCUAAAGCAUUAGAUAGUGACGUGGCUCCAAAGGAAAUUUUGUCUUCUGAAACAAAUUUGGAUCAGAAGCAAUAUGAAGUUGGUGAUUUAGAAAUUGGAAAUUUUGAAGAAAAUGGAAUUGGUCUAGUUGAGCAAUCUGCUCAGGGCAAUACAAGCACUACUGACACGGAUAGCUACCAAGAGGAGGGGGAGGGUGCUCCAUCUAAGAGGCAAGUCUCCCCUGACAGGCUAUACCGUGCAGCUUUAUUGAGAAACCGUUUUGCCGACACGAUACUGAAAGCUCGAGAAAAGGCACUUGAAAAGGGUGACAAGCGGGAUCCUGAAAAAGUGCGAAUGGAGAGGGAGGAACUUGAAAGACAGAAAAGAGAAGAAAAAGCCCGGUUGCAAGCAGAGGCCAAAGAGGCAGAGGAUGCUCACAGGAAGGCAGAAGCAGAAGCUGCGGCUGAAGCAAAGAAGAAAAGGGAGUUGGAUAGAGAAGCUGCACGUCAGGCCUUACUUAAGAUGGAGAGGACUGUUGAUAUUAAUGAGAACAGUCAAUUCAUGGAGGAUCUAGAAAUGCUUAGGGCUUCGAACGACGAUCAGCUACCAAACUUCACAGAGAAGUCCAGCCCAGAAUAUUCUCAGAAUGAAUAUGGCAGUUUCAAGCUUAAAGGUAGUAAUCCCUUGGAACAACUUGGUUUGUACAUGAAGGUGGAUGAUGAAGAGGAAGAGUAUGAAAGUGAACCACCACCACCCCAGAGUGUUAACAAGCCAGCAAAUGAUGUUGAAGACGGUGAAAUCAAUUAGGAGGAGUUUUGUUGGUUUUAUUGGUAAAUGGAUGUGCAGACCAUCACAGGCAGCCUUGUGAUGUCUUCAAAGAUCCAUUAAUAGCCACUGUGCUCCAUGACUUUUCCUUGCCUUCAAAACGUUAAAAUUGAAGCAGGUUUGGCAGGAAAAUGAUGAGCGCAGCUGAAAUUGGCGUUGUUGUGUGUUGGCAUUGCUGAAUUUAUUUGAUUUUUUGGGUUAGGACGAAAGUUGGAAGCGAUGUAUCGGCAAUGUAUGAACACGACGAGAGGAUGUUAAUGAUCAAGGAAAAAGGAAAAAACAAAAGAGUACUAUGGUUCACUAUUCAGUUUUGUCUGUA